AUGAACAAAUUCAUAAUACUAUUAUCAUUACUAUAUUCAUUAGUAUUCAUACAGGCAAUAGAUUUAAAAGUGAAAAUCCAAAAUUUUCCCACAGAAAUAGAUCAAUUAUCACAAAUUUUUAAAUCCAAAAUCCCAAAUUUAGGUAAUUCAAAUAGAAUAAAAGCUCAAUUAUAUAAAUUACCUAAAAAUACAAAUAAAUUUAAAAAUAUAAAUUUCCACCCAAUUGAUCAACCAGUAAUAGAUAAAAAUUAUCAAUUUAAUUUAAAAAAUUUACAAAAUGAUGAAAAUUAUCAAUUAAUUAUAGAUUCAUAUGAUUUUGAAUUUGAGAUAAAUAGAUUUAAAUUAAAUGUUUCAAAUGAUGAAGUACAAGUAUAUGAAGAUAAAUUAGGUUCAUUAACCCCAAAUAAAACUUCACUAGUAUCAGUUAAUGAACCAUUAAUUAUAUCAAUUAAAUCAUCAAUAAAUUAUUACGAAAAUUCAAAUAAUGCAAUUGUGGACAUGAUAAUGAAUAGUCCAUUUGGUUUCAUUUUCAGAAAUAAGACAUAUACUAUAAUUUUUAUAUUUUGUUUAUGUUUAAUGUUAGCUCCUUAUAUUGCAGAAUGGAUAAGUCCUGAAUUUGCAGCUCAAUUUAAAGAUGUACCUAUUCAAGAUGCUUUUAAGACUUUGGAACAACGUCAAGAUGCAAAAAAACUGAAAGAAGUUAAUAAAAGUGGUGAUGAUAUUGAUAGGUUUUUAAGUGGUGGUGGUGUUGAGUCUGUUGUUGAUGAAAAAAAUGUUGUUGUUACUGGUAGAAAAACUGGAAAUAAAUCUGGUGUUAGAAAGAGAUAA